UAGAAACGAAGGGGAAGUUUACUAAGAGACAACCUGGUAGCCAGGCUAACAUGAAAUUAGCAGAACAGCGCCGCGUCCAGAUAUAAAACUUCAAUGUUGAAAGCACAAAGCCUAGUCUCUGUGCUUUUUUAACUUGUUGCUUCAUUAUUCAGCCUGCCCAGCUUUGUUUUCCGUCGGGUAAGAGUUUAACCGGUGCUUUAGCUGCAAAGUGUAGCUAGCCAGCUAAUGCUUAGCUAGCGUUGAUUGGAAAUGUUCAAAGCAAAAAUACUUUUCAUUGGACCCACUGAAAGUGGGAAAACGGUUCUGGCAAAUUUCCUCUCCGACACAACAGAAACUGUGGGAGGAGAAUACAGUCCUACACAAGGUGUCAGGAUACUGGAAUUUGAAUCCCAAAAUGAAGGAAGUGGUGACAAAUACUCCACAUGUGAGGUGGAGCUUUGGGACUGUGCAGGGGAUUUCAAAUUUGAAUCAUGCUGGCCAGCAAUCAUGAAGGACUCCAACGGCGUGGUGAUGGUAUUUAAUCCUGAUGUUCCAAGUCACUUGAAAGAAAUCGAGACAUGGCACUCAAUGUUUAUCUCCUCUCAGGGGAUGCAGAGCAGCCAGUGUCUUCUGAUCGCUCACCACAAGCCUGGCAGUGGGACAGAGGAAGGGCGGCUGCCUUUAGCGGCACAUUUGAGUAGACUUCCGCUUAUUCACUCCAACCUGGAGGAGGAGCCGGAAGAUGUGAGACAGGCCUUCAGAAGAUACUUGGGCAACAUUAUGAACACAUUGUCAGAAAGUAGAGAACGAGAGGAGAUGUCCAUCAUUACAUAGCAGUGAAGAGUGUUUUUGUACAUCAUUUGUCAAAAUACAAUGUUUCAAACCAGCUAUGAAUAAAAUACAGUCAAACUAAGCAUUGCCUUUUAAAUAAAUACUCAAGAAACAAAGUGUAUCUCUCAAACUAUAGAUAUCUCUUUAUUAGAACAUUUGAGGCAAGACGUUGAGAACAUAAUGAUCAGAAGUGCACAAUGAGAAAGAGGGGUCCAACAUUCAAACAUCAUAACCGACAAUGCCUCCUUUGCCUAUGCACUCUCCAAUGUAGAACCACAUUAGCACCUCGGUGGUCACCAGUCCAUUCCUGAUCGCAUCCUAUGGAGGGAAAAAGAGAGGAGUGAACACUUGGAAUUUACUGCCAGGGCUUUCACUCAA